AUGGCCGAUGCGGCUCUGACGCAGGACGUCUUUGACAUCCUGCAUGCAGCCACUCACUACCAACAAGUCAAGAAAGGCGCAAAUGAAGGCAAGUCAAGACCCCUUCCCCUCCAUCACCCCGUCAUUCUGGCCGGCGAUACCGAUCCCCUCGCUAUUAUCUUGACCAUCCCAGCUCUUUGCGAAGAGCAGAAUGUUCCGUACGUCUUUGUUCAGAGCAAGGCCGAGCUUGGACGUGCUUGUGGUGUAGCGAGACCCAUUAUUGCGGCUUGUAUCAACUCGGAUCAGUGGAGUGAUCUGAAUGACCAGAUUCGGCUGGUGAAGGACAAAGUGGAGAGGCUUGCGAUCUAG